CUUGUAUCACCGUCGUUCUCUCUUCACAAAUCAUAAGGAAAAGAACUGAAUGUCUAUCCCAGGCAUGAGAGUUAUACAGUACAAGAAGUUAUGGGUAGGCCGAGCAAAGGAAGAUGAUAUGUGACUAUUACAAGAUUAUAUGUGAUUACUAUCAGUCUAAUCACUAUUAGACUGAUAGGGGUUCUUUACUGUAAGAGCAGUGAGACUAUGUAUGGAACUCUCUGCCAGAGGAAGGGGUCGAGUUAAACACAAUGAAAGAGGUCAGGAGGGAUCUAAGCGUGCUUCUGGAGAGUAAGGUUAUGGAGAAUAGAUUUAUAGAUACAGAACCUUGAUCCUCGGGAGGGGGUAAUUGGCAUCAGCCUCAUAAGAGUCUUUUGCCUUCUUCUGGAUCAACACAGUAGAGACACAAUAGGAAUAUAGGUUGGACUUGAUGGACUAUGUAUCAAUAUUUCAGGGGACCGUACAGAAAUCUCUCCCACGACCUAUUUAUACCCAGGACUGUAUCUAUAACAAGGGGACACCCUCUAGGUCUAGAGGAAAGAAAGUUUCUACACCAGCACAGACAGAAGUUCUUUACGUGAGAAUAUAUCAGCAGCGAAGCAGGAAAAGCUGAAGGAUUAAUAGACUGUCGAAAGGGAAGACUAAAAGGUCACCUCAUUACCAAGGACUCCAAAAUGGAACGCCACAUAAAUGAUGUGCAAGGGGUAUCACCAGGCGACAUUAGGAUGAACUUCACCACGGAUCCUCAAACUGCUGAUCUCCGCCAUGCUGUCCAAGUGGUGGUCACUGUGAUUUUUAGCCUAAUUUUUCUCCUAGGUAUGCUGGGUAAUGGAACAGUUAUGUGGAUCACAGGCUGCCGCCUUCAAAGAACUAUCAACACUGUGUGGUUUUUCAACCUGGCACUGGCAGAUUUCAUCUCUACCUUCUUGGUUCUGGUCACGGUGCUGUAUCUGCUACUUGACCUUCACUGGCCAUUCGGGCAAAUUUUAUGUAAACUGGUCAACUGCAUCUUUGGUCUCAGCAUCUACGCCAGCAUCCUCUUAUUGAGCGCCAUCAGCAUCGACCGCUGUGUUCUUGUCCUUUUCCCGGUAUGGUGCCAAAAUUACCGUAAGCCUAGGUUGGUUACGUUUGCUUGUUUGGUCAUUUGGAUUGUUUCCAUCGCCCUGGUCCCAGGAUCUUACACUCUUUCGGAAAUGUCUACAGAAAGCAACCGGAGUUCUUGCAAGAACCUGGACGUUUUUGAAGACUGGGAGAAAAGAGAAGCCGCCAUCUUCACCGUUUGCAUAUUCCUCUACCAGUUCUUGGUCCCGUUGAGUAUUAUCCUUAUCUCCUACGCGAUUCUCCUCCUUACACUCCGCAAGAAAAAACUAAACCGGAGCAGUAAGCCAUUUUGGGUUGUCACCGCGGUGGUCUUCUCCUUCUUUUUAUGUUGGCUUCCCUAUCAUGCCUUAGCCCUCUCCAGAGUGUUCCUUGGCGGGUUACCACUUUUGGUCAGUCUGGUGGCCGUACCCCUCUCGAAAUGUUUAGCUAUGUUCAACAGUUGCAUCAACCCGAUACUUUACGUUUUCAUUGGCCGAGAAUUUAAGGAUGCCGUGAAGAGGUCGCUGACUCAGGUAUUUAAAACAGUUUUCGAGGAAGUCGCACACUAAAGACUACGGGAGUGAGAAACAGUAAGACAACUGGAGAUCAUGCUCAACUUUUUGGCUUGUUUGGUGGCAUUCAGGAUGCUUCUGACUACAAAAACCAGUGAGCCUCAUGGUAUUGAGUGGGGAGUGGAACCACAAAGAUGGGACACUUGGCCAGACAGGUCAAUACCGAUGGAAAGUUACUCAGUGAAGAAGGAGAAGUAAACAAACCGUAUGGUUCUGGAAGAAAUAAAAAAUUAGGGUACGGUCCCAUGUAGCGUAUACUCCUGCUGGGAAAAACACUGUGUAUUUUCCUAUUAGUAGACACACAGAGCUACCCAUGGCAGCCCUGUGUGUGCAGCCAGGUUUGGAGGCGGG